AUGACCAUCUCCCAUGCCCCUCAAUGGCAGCAGACGGCUACCAAAAAGAAACAGUUACGUGAUGAAGCCAUACAGAGAUUCGUUGAUGCUGAAACAAUACAAUCCGAGCUUAAUAGGUCUCAAAAUACGAAUGGCAAUCUUCGUGAAUUGACGGCAGUUGAUGGCGUUGACUCAGUUUCGAUCGCCAUCACAACUCGUGCUAUGACGGCAUCGCAGCUGCUCUAUGCCUACAUCAACCGUCUUACAGAGAUUUUCUUCGAAGAUGCAAUCAGGCAGGCCAAUGAGCUGGACGAUUUCUUCAAGCAAAAUGGCCGGCUUGUUGGGCCACUGCAUGGGGUGCCCAUGACUCUCAAAGACCAAUUCGAUGUCAAGGGAUAUGAUAGCACACUAGGCUAUGUCGGGCGCGCCUUCAAGCCCGCGCAGCAAGACUGUGUGUUGGUUUCCUUACUAAAAGAAAUGGGCGCAAUCAUUGUUGCAAAAUCAAAUCUGCCACAGAGCAUCAUGUGGUGCGAGACAGACAAUCCACUCUGGGGCCUCACUGUUCAUCCCAAAGACCCCGCUUUCACCUGCGGAGGCUCUACCGGGGGAGAAGCGACGCUUCUGUCCCUCCAAGGCUCUAUGGUUGGGUGGGGCACUGAUAUUGGAGGUAGCGUGCGAAUACCGUCCCACAUGAACGGACUAUACGCCCUUAAGCCGAGUAGUACACGGCUUCCUUACCAAGGCGUAUCAGUUUCAACCGACGGCCAAGAGCACGUACCUUCCGUCAUAGGGCCGAUGGCACGCAACAUGGACUCCCUCGUUGCAGUCACCAAGGCCGUCAUUGAUGCAAGCCCUUGGGACCAAGAUCCAAAGUGCUGUCCCGUGCCUUGGCGCUCUCAAGUCUACGAAGAUGCUCAGUCAAGACCGUUGAUAGUUGCGGUCAUGCGGGAUGAUGGCGUUGUCAAAUGCCACCCACCCAUCUCGCGCGUAAUAGACGAGGUUGCAUCAAAGCUAGAAAAGGCAGGACAUGAAGUGGUGUCAUGGAGCCCAGGUAGUCUUCAUCAAAAUUGCAUUGAUAUUAUGGAUCAGUACUACACGGCAGACGGCGGUGAAGACAUCCGACGGGACGUCGAAGCUGGCGGCGAGCCGUUUAUUCCACACGUGGAGGCCCUGAUCAACAAGGGGAAACCCGUCUCUGUAUACGAGUACUGGCAACUGAACAAGAAGAAACUGGAACUGCAGAAGCGCUACCUCGACCUCUGGAACUCCACCAAGUCAGAGAAAAGCGGCAAGCCAAUCGAUGUACUACUAACACCAGUCAUGCCACAUUCCGCAGUUCCACAUCGGAAGUGUCGAUGGGUUGGGUACACCAAGGUGUUCAACUUUGUCGACUACCCCGCUGUAGUGCUACCCGCUGGCCAGGUAUCGAAAGAGCUUGAUGGCGAGGCUGCAGGACUCAUGGGCUUAUACCAACCCCGGAAUACGCUAGACGAAUGGAAUUGGAACACUUUUGAUUUGGAUGCGAUGGAUGGAAUGCCAAUAGGCGUACAGAUAGUAUCACGCAGGUUGCAGGAGGAGAAGGCGCUAGGUGCGGCCAAGGCUAUCGAUACCAUAUUGAAGUGCACGUCUUAG